AUGGUCUUAGAUUCAGUUAAUCAGAAUUGGAGACGUCCUAUUGCAUACAAAUUUGACAAUGAAGAAAUCAAAACUUAUUGCCAAAUAAAACUUUUUGAUGCUAAUAAAAAACCUAUUGAUUAUAAUAUCUGGGUUGAUGAUAAUUCGAAACUAAGUUUAAUCAAACUUCAUCAAUGGUAUUUAAUCAAUGAUAUCGUUGUUGAUGAAAAUAAAAAACCUUUAUUAGAACAUAUAACUGGUGUCAAACUUGAAAAUAUUAAAUUGAAAGAAGGAACAAAAUGUUAUGCUAGAAAAAAUCUUGAUACUGUAUCUAGUAAACUUACCGAAGAUCCACUAUCGAAAGAAAGAUAUGAAUCUACCUAA